UUCUCGAAAGCUCUUGCAGUGGAACUGAAUCUUCUUUUUGGUGGACUGAAAGCGUGUUCUUUCGUAAUAAAGUCUUCCAAAGUGGCUAUGGCGAGCGGAUCCGAGACUACUCUUGCUAAGCUGCGUGAUGGACGAUCUCUUGCUUACAUCGAGUAUGGCAUUGAAAGAAAACUGGCCACUCACAAAGUGAUCGUCAUCCAUGGACUUGCGAGUUCUCGGCACCAUCGUCUCCCUUGCUCAGAGAAAGUUGUCAAGGAGCUCGGAGUUUGUUUGGUCGGAUUCGACAGGGCUGGCUAUGGAGAGAGUGAUCCAAAUCCACAGCGUUCGAUCAGAUCUGAUGUCUCGGAUAUCGAAGAGCUAGCAGAUCAUCUGCAGCUUGGUGACAAGUUCUACAUUGUAGCCACUUCCAUCGGCGGCUACUCUGCUUGGGGAUGCCUCAAGUACAUACCGCACAGAAUUGCUGGAGUCUCGAUGAUCGCUCCAGCAGUGAACUUCUGGUGGCCAGGCUUGCCACAAGAUCUGUCAAAGCAAGCACUUAGCUCUCGAGUGCUUUUGGAUAGCUUGAUCUUGAAUGCAGUCCAUCAUACUCCAUGGCUUCUCAACUGGUGGAGCUUUCCAUCCGGUCCUAUGCAUCUCGACGAGGUAGACAUCAAAAUCCUCACGGAAUCUCCAAUCAUAAAGGAGAUAAGUUUGCAACCUACACAGCGAUCUCAUCGUCAAUCUCUCAACAAAGACAUGCUCCUCCAAUUUGGAAAGUGGGAGUUUGAUCCGCUCGAGCUCGAGGAGCCCGGAGAUUUUCGCGUCUCGAUCUGGCAAGGCGAUCGAGACUAUCCAGUCCCAGUGGAGCUGCAGCGAUUCGUCCACCAAAAGCUUCCAUGGAUCGACUAUCACGAAAUCGCGGGCGUCGGCCACUUGUUCGUGCUUGUUCCAGGCUAUGGAGACGAGAUCAUCUCCAAUCUCGUGCUCCCUCGCGAAAACUAAACGAUUUAAAAAUUUAAAUUAAC